AUGGAACAGCUUCUACCACCACCGCUACGUCGUCUCCCCGCCUUGUUCAAGGCGAAAUGCAGCAACCUGGCGCAAGACAUCUACCACGGAGCUCAAGACCUACCACGGGAAGAUCAUGACUUUUUCUACGUCCUGCUCAGCCGAGCCGCCAUUUGGCAGCCAUUUUUUAUGAUCAUGCAAUCGUUAACGCUUUACCUACCCGAAGGAUUGUCAUACAUACCUAGCUAUGCAUUUCUCAUCAUUGUCACUCUUCAAACAUGGAACCGAUCAGUGAAGAUGUAUGAUUACCCGAGGAUACAAUUUCUCCCCGUCGAAUGCGCAACACGAUUCGUACUCUUCAAUGCCUAUCACAUAUGCUAUGGAGGGUAUCAACCAGCCAGCUUAAUGACUUCGAUAACCUGCCUCAUUGUUCCUCUGUUUAUUGGAUUGCGUGUUUCGGCCUACGUUUCUCCUUCCGGUGAAGGUACUCCCGCAGGAGAUGCUGAAGCUUGGGAAAAGCUGGAGAGUCUGUUCAACUUUGCCUUUGCUCCCUAUGCCAAGGACAAAGAGAAAGAGAACAGAGUAGGCCGGGCAUUUUGUCGUGGUUUGUCCUGCGUGGCUGAUAUCGUCUACGCAUAUGCCAUCUUACUACAGUAUCACAACUUCCUGAAUGGCAUGCUGGGCGGGAAGUGGCUGGGCUGGCCAAGCGCCUCGCGAUUUUACUUGAUUCCCUUCAUGAUUUUCAUCAAAUCAUGCGUAUUUGGGAUGUAUUUUUUCUUGCUGCCACCGUUGGCGUUUUGGUUGUUCACGAUGGUGACGAUGACGCGCCGAUUGGUUGUACGAGGAAUUUGCUGGAUCGCUGAAGAAAACCUUAAGGAAAUUAUCGCUGCUAUCAUGGAAACUGCGUUCUUACAUGAAUAUUUCUUUACUGGACUCGACACACAUUACAAAGGAGAGAAUGGUGGUGAUACCAAGGUGUUUAUGCUUUGCUUGAGCGUGAUCUCCCUUGUUGUGUUCCACGCGAUUAAAGCCGAGUACGAACGAUAUCGCGAUUCCAAGGCAGUUAUCGAGAAAGCCAAAAACAAACGGGCGGCGGCCGAAACUUUCGAUGAUUCACUGCUGGAAUAUAAAUGGGAUGACACGACGAAAUGCCUCUGGAAGAAUAAUUCUGAGCCCGUUCCCGCUCCCGUUGAUGAGCCUGUUGCUACAGAACCUAGUCCGGUUGUUGAUACCGAUCCCGAUCUCGAAGAAUUUGAAGUAAUUAACCCAUUU